UUUCUGAAAAAAAAGUUCAAAUUUUUUUCUUUUCAGGUCCAUCUCAUAAAUUUUGAUUUCCCAUUAAAUCAAAAACAGCUUCUUUCUCGUGCCCAGAGCUUAAAUUUUCAAAAUUUCAUCAAAAAAGAUCGAAGCUUUCGUUUUCUUCUUCGUUCUUUUGAGUAUCUUUGAUGAAUCUUUCAUGUCUUCUUGUCUUUUUAUGAACAUAUAAGAUUCUUGAUCAUAGCUAAUAAUCAUUUUCUUGAUUCCUUCUUUUGUAAUUUUCCGGGAAGGAAAAUUAAAAAAACAGAGGAUUUUUGAUUCUCUGUUUCAUCUUCUUCCAUUGAUGGGUAUCUCAAAAGAUAGGAUCAAAUUCAACGUUGGUGGAAGACUUUUCGAAACGACGGCGACUACGUUAGCAAACGCAGGUCGCGAUUCUUUCUUCGGAGCAUUGUUCGACGACGAGUGGAAUCUCUCACCCCAAGAUUCUGUUAUCUUCGUCGACAGAAACUCAGAUUGCUUCGCCGUUCUUCUUGAUCUUCUCCGUACCGGAGACCUUAACGUUCCCGCCAACAUACCGGAGCGUCUCCUUCAUAGAGAAGCUUCUUUCUAUGGCUUACUUGACCAUGUAAGGACAGCUAGAUGGGGUCCGUUCGAUGGUAACCGUCUUCGUCUCUCUGAUUCUGUUAAAGGAAUAGCUCCUGGAGACGGAACAGCUAUAAGGGCUGGUCCUGAUGGUGGUUGUUGUGUCGCGCACGGGAGUGUUGUUCAUGUGUUUGAUUGGAUGUUGGAAGAACACUCUCCGAUAAAUCUUGAUUACCAAAGAGUUAAUGAUGUUGGCUGGAUUGAUUCAGAGAAUAUUGUACUCUCUGCUUGUGAGAGGUUAGGGAGAGGAGAUGGAGGAAUGGGACUGUUCAGUUCAUCAUCUGGUGAUCUAAGGUAUAAGUUUCAGGUUUGUCAUGAGAAUCAGGUGAAGAGUUAUACAGCUGGAGCGUUGAGUUUUUCGCCGGAUUAUGAGAUUUUUGCAAGCUGCAAAGGUCGGAGUAAUGAGUAUGGAAUCGGAGUUUGGGAUCAGAUAACUGGAAAACAAACUGAUUUCUUCUAUGAGAGUCCUGGUUGGUCACUUGGUGAUGCUGAUAAGCUUCAAUGGUUGAAUGGUAAGAAUUGUCUUCUUGUGGCUACAUUGUUUCCAAGAAAAGACAACUGUUACAUUAGCUUGUUGGAUUUUCGGGACAAGAACAUGGUUUGGUCUUGGUCUGAUAUUGGGUCUCCUAUGGCAAUAGACGAGAAGAGAGUGAGAGAUGCAAUAGCUAUGGAAGAUAGCAAUUCGAUUUGCGUGGUGAAUGAGUUUGAGGAUUUGGGGUUUAUUGAUCUGAGGAUGUAUGGAGGAAGUGUGAGGUGGAGUUCGAGGAGUAAACUGAUGAAGAGUAAGAUGCCUGACGAGCCUUGUUACCCGAAACUCGCUUUGCACGAAGGCCAGCUUUUCUCAUCGAUGAAUGAUUCAAUCUCUGUGUUCUGUGGACCAGACUGGGUCUUAACUUCUAGGUUAAGAAGAAGCUAUGGUGGCUCAAUCUGUGAUUUCUCAAUUGGUGGCGAUAGACUUUUCGCAUUGCAUAGUGAAGAGAAUGUGUUUGAUGUCUGGGAGACUCCGCCUCCUCCAAUCAUCUGAUUCACUUCCUCAAUACUCUGUUCUGCUUUUGUUCACGUUUGCUUGUUUUAAUUGUGUGCUUUAGAGUCCUUAGAAAAACUACACAGAGAAAAUAAUAGCAAUAGACAAAGACAACUAUAGCAAUAGACUGAUCUUAGUUUUGUUCUAUACAACGAAAGUGUUGCUUCUUGUAACCUGUUACUAAGAAAUGAUAUCAAUUUUAUGGCUCUUAAACUGAUCAAUCAUAGCCAAGUCUUCACUCAAUCCAGAGUUCUUAGUUUGAGCUGUGUUUGGAUUUGUUCUUUAUGUA